AUGUGUUCUCUGUCUACCGCUUUGGAAAAUAAUACUGUAAAUUUGUCUCCUCCACAACAGCCGGCGGGAAUGAAAAACUUUUCACCAAACAUUUUAUCUUAUUUGCGACCCGGUAAAGAUGACGAUAGGCUACUUCAAUUAUUGAAUGCUGACGAUUCUGAGUUUGAAGGAGACUCAGAUGACAAUGAAGAUGGGAUAAUAAAUGCAGAAACAAUUGGUGAAACAAUAAUUGAAGAAGAAGAUUUGGAAGAAACCUUAGAAACUAUGGAUAUUAUAGAAGAUCAAAUAGAUGAAAAUCAAGAUGAUUAUGAUGGUGACUCAGACCCAGAAUUUGACAUUCCACUUAGCAUUUUAAAGGAAAAAAUGUCAGCAAAAGCUAAAAGAAUGACUUGGAGAAAAUCUGACAGUUUCAAGGGAGUAGAAGUAGUCAAAGACGGUUUUGAAGAAAGUCACUUUCAAAGAGCAGGUUGGAAAAUUAUGUAUUAUGUGUCAGUAUUUAUUGACGAUAAAUUAUUUGAGACAAUGCGUGAUUGCACAAAUAUAAAAUUUUUUUUAGAAAAUGAUAAAAUUAUGAAUUUAUCGACCGAUGAAGUAAAAAAAUGUAUUGGAAUAUCGGUUUUAAUCUCUUAUUUAAAAUAUCCCAGGGUGAAGAUGUUUUGGGCCAAAACAACUAGAGUUGAUUCAAUUGCGAAGCACAUGACGCGGGAUAGAUUUUUUUCAAUAAGAAGUCACUUAAAAGUAGUCAUUGACAAUGAUGUAUCAGCUAAUGAUAGACAAAAGGACAGGUUAUGGAAAGUAAAACCAAUUACCGAGAAAGUCAGACAAGGAUGUUUAAAACUAGAGAGGCAAGAAAAUGUUGCAGUGGAUGAACAAAUGAUGCCAUUUACUGGCACCUGUGGUCUAAAACAAUUCGUAAUAGGCAAACCCAAUCCAGAAGGACUAAAAAAAUUUGUAUGUGCUACACCAGAAGGACUUGUGCUUGAUUUUGAAAUCUAUCAAGGUAAACAAACUUUUUUGGACGAAAAUUCAAAAAAAUUGGGUGUUGGAACUUCAGCAGUGAUGCGAUUAUCCUAAAGCCUUAAAAGUGGCUCUCACAUCUUCAUGGAUCGCUAUUUUACAACAAUAUCGUUGUUAGAGAGUUUACUUGAUAAAAACUUUUAUGGUACGGGUACUAUUAUGAAGUCUAGAAUUCCUUCUUCAGCUCAUCUAACAGCAGAAAAAGAAAUUAAAUAAUUCGAAUAAGGUUUUAGUGAACAAUCAGUAAGGGAUGAUUCAAAGAUUAAUUUGGUUCAAUGGUAUGAUCAAAAACCAAUAAUUUUAGCAUCAUCUAAAAUGGAAAAAGAUCCAAUAAAUGUAUGUAAACGUUAGUCGAAAAAGGAGGCUAAAUACCUAGAUAUUUCUAGACCAAAAAUUGUUAAAUCAUACAAUGAUUGUAUGGGUAGUAUUGAUUUGAUUGAUCGAAUGAUUAGUUACUAUCGCAUCAAUACUAGAACUAAAAAGUGGACUGUAAAAGUAAUUUUGCAUUUCAUAGAUUUAGCUCUUGCAAAUGCCUGGAUCCUCUACAGAACUGAUAGGAAAAAACUAGGUGAUUCUGCCAAGUAAAUUCAACAAUUUUUAGAUUUUAAGAUCAGCGUUAUGGAUAAACUUUUAGCCACAAAUUUUGAAGACCAAAAUGAAGCACCUUUGGCAAUAAAGACUCGAAAUAAGGCUUUGGGCUACAUUACACCAACACCAUUGACUCCCCCUAUGACAAAAAGAAAAAAAGACAUGCACUUGCCAGCCGUAGCUGGUCACUUAAAGAAUUCGGUUCGGUGUAAAUCAUCGAAGUAUGCGAAGAAAACCAAAUUUUAUUGUACCAGCUGUGAUGUUUUUUUGUGUGUCACUGCUGAUCAUAAUUGUUUUUAUGAAUAUCAUGUGACUGGGCAAUAAAAUUACAUCGAAAGUUUUGGUAGUUUAAGA